CAGACACGCACGCAGAAGACCAAACCAGCGUAGUUGUUUAAAGAAAGAUAAAGAAAGAUUCAAUUGUUCGUUCCUACCAGCCCACCCCGCAGGGCCCUGUUUUUCCUUCUUGAAUGUUUUGGCAAUGGGCAGUUUUGUACUGUGGGGUCUGACGCUCGCGGUUGUGCCGUGGGGCUAUGGAUUUCCAGCAGAAUUCGUACCAGGAACCACCCCAAGCCUGCGAAGCAAGGUGACUGGAAGAUGCAGAGACUACGUGCAGAGCCAUCCUGACCUUGGGAAUAAAGAUUGUGAGAAGAUUUGGGAAGCAUUUUACAAUGCAUUAAUGAACAAAAAAAAUUGUAACAUCUCUUCAGAUAGUUACACGAAUUUCAUUAAUUUGGCACAUCAUUCUGUGCCACAAGACAAGGCACUCUUUUGGAGUAAAAGAAAAGCGUGUAAGCACAGAGACCGGAUCAGGUUUGAAGAAACGCUGAUGGGUUAUAUAUUAGAUGACAUGCACUGGUGCCCAACUAAAGAUGGUAAAGCUUUGAAUUAUGUAACUUGCAAAGGUUGUGAAGGUGUUGAGAAAAACUUCUGGAGGAUUGCUUCAACAUGGUUUGCGAAAUCCGCCACAGGUGUUGUGGGAGUGUUGCUUAAUGGUGGAGCUUACCAGCCAGGAAGUAUUUUUUAUGACAACGAGGUUCCGAUUCUUCAAUCUCCACGUGUGACUCAUAUGGACAUCUGGGUUAUCAAUAACGAAAGUAAUGAAGAGACAUGCGACUCUGGAACUCAACGUGAUCUGAUUGAUCAUUUAAAUCUAAAGGGUAUAGGAUCCACUUGCUAUUCUAACAAGACAUCGCCUAACACAGAGUGCGUGUACUUCCCUAAUGCACACGACUGUGAAAUUACCUGCUCUGUAUCAGGCUCGCUUAUCUUUUCAACAACCUUAUGACAGUUACCUAAAUGAGUGUGGUGCUAUUCAUGGGUUAUUCAUAGAACACUUUGUGUAGGAGACAUUUGUUAAUUUUGUCUUGCAUUCUGUAUUUGUGUGGCUUUCUUUAUUAUAUAAUUAUGUUACAUUUAUUUUUUGUUUGUUUAUUUUUGCUUUUCAAACAGUGUCACGUCAUGUCCAAUAAAUAAUUGUUUCCCUCUUAAAGUGUCCACCCG